AUGGACGAUCUGAUCUCGUUAGGCGAGACGCUUCAGCAGGCGUCGUCAGCGCUCGUCGGCGACGACCUUCCGGACUCCGACGAUUCGCGCUCCAGCAGUCCUUCCUCCUCCCCCGUCAUCCAGCUCGUCGUGCUUGGCGCUCCGGGUGCCGGAAAAUCCGCUGUUCUCAACACUCUCAUUGGCCAUGCAGUCCUCCCAACGGCUGAGGGCGGAGCUACACGCUUCCCUGUUCUGGUGGACCUACAAAGGGACCCCAACCUGGGGGUAGGCAGCAUCCGAGCGAGUCUCGGGCCGCGAGCCAACAUGCGGAAACCCUCGGAGGUGCGGCAGGCGCUGGUAGCAGAUAUGUCACAGGCCAAGUCCAAGUCAAGGAGCCGCCAGGAGGCACACCUCAUCCUCCGCUCGCCAAUCGCACCGCCAAUGCGAGUGGCGGAUCUUCCUGGAGUCGAACGGUCGUCAGACCUCGACGGCACACUGCAAGACAACGUGGCGAAUCAGGACGCCAUCAUCCUCGUGGUCAUCGCUGCCACGCGUGUCAAGGACUCGCUGAAGCUGCUGCGCCUGGCACAUGACAUCGACCGCGAUGGCGCGCGCAGCAUAGGCGUGAUAACGCAGUUUGAUCGGGUAGUAACGGAUAAGGCAGCUGCGAAGCUGGCAUUGGAGUUAUUACAAGGGCAGGGCGCAGCAAUGGCUCAGGACUACCCGUGGGUGCCGGUGCUGGGGCAGCCCCUGGGGGACGCGGACACAGAUGUGCCGAUGGACGAGGCGUGGGCGGGCGAGCAGAAGGCGCUGGCGAGUGUGAUGCGGGCGGUGGGCGUGAAGGGCAUGGAGGGGUCCAUGGGAAGAGAUGCGCUGCUCAGGAUGAUUGCCCGGACGAUGCGGAGGAAGAUGAAGGAGAAGAUCCCGAGAAUCAUGGCCGGCCUGGAGUCGCGGUCAGUGGACGUGGAAUCAGAGCUGCUGCGUCUGGGCGAGUCACUCAUCUCCGACCUGCAGGGAUCCAGGGCCGUGGCUCUGGAGCUGUGCCGGGGGUUUGAGACACGCUUCAUUGAACACCUGGACGGCUGUGAGGGUGGAGGCUCUCAGAUGGUUGAAAAGUUUGUCGGCACACUGCCCCUGCGAUUCCGAGGCCUGCCAUUGGACGAGAUGUUCAACUUUGACAACGUCAAAAAGGUGGUGGCAGAGGCAGACGGGUACCAGCCGUACGUCAUCUCUCCAGAGAAGGGUCUGCGGCUGCUCAUCAAGCGCAGCCUCAACCUGGCCAAGCAGCCGGGGCUGGACUGUGUGGACGAGGUGCACAAGAUUCUGUUGGACAUUGUAGUUGCAGCAGCGUCCACAGCUCCCUCGCUAGUCCGCUUCCCUCCCAUGAAGAAAGAGCUGGUGGCGAUAGCAUCAGCAGCACUGGACGAGUACAGGGCAGAGGCGAAGGUGAUGGUGACGGCACUGGUGGACAUGGAGAGGGUCUUCAUCCCUGCGACGCACUUCAUAGAGGCGGAAUACAAACGGCAGGAAACGCUGUUCAAGGAGAUGACCACUGCGAGAAAGAAUGCAUCCAGAGCGGGCGAGGGUCGGUUUGGCUCAUUCAUGUCAGGCAUGGGGCGGAAGAAGGAGGCUCCCCCUCCUCCCCCACCAUCAGCGUCCUUCUCUGCUGCUGCAACCGCCCCCAGCCAGCCCCAAGAGCCGCUGCGGGAACUUGCAGGGUUCCUGUGGAAGGUUAGCUCUAAGGGCGGGUGGAGCAAGCGAUGGUUCGCCCUCAGCGACAAGACUGCCAGGCUGUACUACGUGAAGAAGCCUGAUGAAAAGACUCCCAGGGGCGUCAUCCCUCUAGAGGACUGCAUAGUGGAGGACAAUGUCGCCCCAGAGGAGGUGCCGUCUGCCUCGGACCUCAAGUCUGGAAGCCCCUCCGCGCAGUCGCUGUCGUUCAAAAUCAGUAAUCGCACCCCCUACAAGACUGUGGUCAAAGUGCACAACGCUCUCAUUCUCCGAGCUGAAAACCCAGCAGAGAAGCAGCAGUGGGUUCAACGCCUGCGCAGCCACACCAAGGCUUUCAAAGAAGCGCCCUCGCCCCCACCAGAAGCAGCAGGAGGAGGGGAAGCAGGGGACGAUUCCGGGGGCGCGGAUGGGGAGCGGAAUGAGGGGGAGGGCGGGCCAGAGGGACUUGGGGCGGGGGUUCCCCCUGCGCCUGGGAUGCAGGGGGGGCCUGGGGGGGGGAAUCAGCGGGUGGUGAGUCCGGAGGAGGAGCUCAAGGCGAUGGCGACUGAAGUGCGGCGAUACGUGCAUGCUGUGCUGGCUCACCUGGCUGAUAACAUCCCCAAGGCCAUCGUGCUGACGCAAGUGGAGAAGGCUAAAGACGCCAUGCUUACAAAGCUGUACCAGAAAGUCAGUGAACUGUCAGACGACAGUCUAUCUGUUCUCCUCCAAGAGGACAUGGAGAGCAAGGGGAAGAGGGAGCGGUUCAAGCACCUGCAGAACGCUCUGCUGAAGCUGAAGCGGUCGCUCAGCCUACAUGAAGCCAGGGCAUCAGCAGAAGAGGAGGCUGGCGCAGGGUAUGGUGGCAGUGUGGGCAUGAGCAGCAGUGCUGGUGCAGCAGCAGGCUACGGCAGCACUGGGGGGGCGAGGGGGACGCCGCCUAUGGCCGGUCCUCCUAUGGGAGGAGCUCCUAUGGCUGGAGGUGCUCCUAUGGGUCAGCCUAUGGGGCAGCCUAUGGGGCAGCCAAUGGGUGUGCCGAUUGCGGCUGGACCGCCCCGCAAUCCUUCCCCGUUGCGGCAGAUGCUAAGUGGUGUGGGCAUGGGGAGGAGAAUGCCUCCUGCUCCCCCCACCACCGCUGCGCCCACGUACAAGUACCCGUAG